AUGGCUACAUCAAGGGAGAUGGGUGUAGAGGAAAUCAAAAUUAUUGGCGACUCAAACCUGGUGCUGAGUCAGUUACAAGGGAAUUUCGCUGUGAAGGAGGCAACAUUGGCACCCUAUCGUACGGCUGCUGAAAGGCUUAUUGGUUCUUUCAAAAAAGUUGUGUUGGAACAUAUUCCGGGGGUUACUAACAGGUAUGCAGAUGCCUUGGCUACGUUGGGGUCAAAGCUCUCAUUCAUCCAAGAGCAACCCAAUAUCACCGUAAUAAAAAGAGAUGUUCCAGCAGUCGAAGCAAUGGCUCAAGAGGAGCCGCUGGAAGAAAAAGAUUGGAGAAAAUCUGUGAAAGAAAAUCUGAUUGAAGGAAGCAACAUCAAGGAUUUGAAGGAUUAUGUGGUUAUCUUCAGCGAACUCUACAGACGCCUGCCGGGAGGUAUUCUGACCCGCUACAUAGGACUGACAGAAGCACAAAGGAGACUCCGAGAGGUACAUGAAGCCACUUGCAAUUUGGAGCCAAUAAUCAGCAAAUAUCGACGCCUGCAACGCAAGGGUUAUUAUUGGCCAGAGAUGAAGAAACAAGCAGCUGAAGUUCAAACCAAUUGUCCCAAUUGUGCAACGAUACCCUCCACCGAAGAGUCAUUCACCAUUUCGUUUGCAGAAGAUUGGAGGGCACCAUACUUGGCAUUCUUUAUCGAACGAGUUCUACCAAGCAGCAUUAAGCAUGCCCACAAGCUCAAAAGGACGCUAAAGAGAUACUUCAUAGAUGGAUCCACUCUCUAUCGCAAAGGGUUUAAAGGUGAACCUUUGAAAUGCUUGGGAGAACCUGAGGCGCAGCAAGUGAUGCAGGAAAUUCAUGCUGGAGAAUGUCGUGAACACCAAGGGAUGAAAAGACUCCAUCGGCAGCUGCUGAAUGUUGGGUAUUAUUGGCCUACCAUGAAGAAUUAUGCAUACAAUUUCGUGAAGAAGUGUCAUACGUGUCAAGUUCAUGCCAAUUUAAGUCACAAGCCUCCCACGUUAUUGCAGGACAUGCAUACUCCUUGGCCUUUUCACACUUGGGGGCUUGACUUGAUUGGAACUAUCCACCCACCUUCUGAUGGUUACAUAUGGAUCCUCACAGCCACUGAGUGUUUCACAAAGUGGGUUGAAGCAAUUCAUCUCCGAAAGGCCACGGGGGCUGCCAUUGCAAAUUUCAUCCGUGAAUACAUCGUCUGCAGAUUCGGAAUCCCAUACAAGAUCGUCACCGACAAUGGUACCCCAUUUGUUAACAAGCAAGUAAGCUCGACGCUUAGCGGCAAUAGUGUCAAGCAUCGUCGUUCCACGCCAUACUACCCAUAA